CCGCCCCCGCGACGGGGCUGCUGAGAGGAGGCGACCGGAAGCCACUUUAAAGCAGAGCUCGAGGUGACAGGCGAACGAGCUGGAUCGGGAGUGCAGUCGCGGCUUUUUGCGCUCCCGGCCGCGGAAUGGCCCGUGCGCCACACACCGUGUCUCCGGCCUGCGACCCCUAGACGCCUGAGCCGGUUCUCCGCACCCACCCCCUGGCGCUGACACUGCCCGCGAGCCUGAGGCGCUGACUCGGCUCCUGUGGUCGGUUCUCUCAGGCUGCCGGUUCAGGAUUUUUAGACUGAAGAGCAGUUGGAGCUAAUCCACAUCAUGGAAAUGGAAACCACCGAACCUGAGCCAGACUGUGUGGUGCAGCCUCCCUCUCCUCCUGAUGACUUUUCAUGCCAAAUGAGACUUUCUGAGAAGAUCACUCCAUUGAAGACUUGUUUUAAGAAGAAGGAUCAGAAGAGAUUAGGAACUGGAACCUUGAGGUCUUUGAGGCCAAUAUUAAACACCCUGCUAGAAUCUGGCUCGCUUGAUGGGGUUUUUAGAUCUAGAAACCAGAGUACAGAUGAGAGCGGCUUACAUGAACCUAUGGUGAAAAAACCCUUGGAAAUCAAUCCAUCGUGUCCACCAGCAGAAAACAAUAUGUCUGUCCUGAUUCCUGAUGGGACAAAUGUUGGGGGCCAAAUAACAGAAGCCCAUCCUCCCACUGAUGCUCCAGAACAAGUGGUUCCAAUCCAGGAUCAUAGCUUUCCACCAGAAGCCAUCAGUGGGACAGUGGCAGAUUCUACAGCAGGGCACUUCCAGACUGACCUUUUGCACCCAGUUUCAAGUGAUGUUCCUACUAGUCCUGACUGCAUAGACAAAGUCAUGGAUUACGUUCCAGGGGUUUUCCAAGAUAACAGUUUUACAAUCCAGUACAUUUUGGACACCAGUGAUAAGUUGAGUACCGAGCUCUUUCAGGACAAAAGUGAAGAGGCCUCCCUUGACCUUGUGUUUGAGCUGGUGAACCAGCUACAGUACCACACUCACCAAGAGAAUGGAAUUGAAAUUUGCAUGGACUUUUUGCAAGGCACUUGUAUUUAUGGCAGGGAUUGUUUGAAGCACCACACGGUCUUGCCAUAUCAUUGGCAGAUCAAGAGGACAACUACUCAAAAAUGGCAGAGUGUAUCCAAUGAUUCUCAGGAGCACUUGGAAAGAUUUUACUGUAACCCAGAGAAUGAUAGAAUGAGAAUGAAGUAUGGAGGACAAGAGUUUUGGGCAGAUUUGAAUGCCAUGAAUGUGUAUGAAACAACUGAAUUUGACCAACUACGAAGGCUGUCCACACCACCCUCUAGCAAUAUCAACUCUAUUUACCACACAGUCUGGAAAUUCUUCUGUAGGGACCACUUUGGAUGGAGAGAGUAUCCUGAGUCUGUUAUUCGAUUGAUUGAAGAAGCCAACUCUCGGGGUCUAAAAGAGGUCCGAUUCAUGAUGUGGAACAACCACUAUAUUCUUCACAACUCAUUCUUUAGGAGAGAAAUAAAAAGGAGACCCCUCUUCCGCUCCUGUUUUAUACUGCUUCCAUAUUUACAGACACUUGGUGGUGUUCCCACACAGGCUCCUCCACCACUUGAAGCAACAUCAUCAUCACAAAUCAUCUGCCCAGAUGGGGUCACCUCAGCAAACUUUUACCCAGAAACUUGGGUUUAUAUGCAUCCAUCUCAGGACUUCAUCCAAGUGCCUGUCUCUGCAGAGGACAAAAGUUAUCGAAUCAUUUAUAAUCUUUUUCAUAAGACUGUGCCUGAGUUUAAAUAUAGAAUUUUACAGAUAUUGAGAGUCCAAAAUCAGUUUCUUUGGGAGAAAUACAAAAGGAAAAAGGAAUAUAUGAACAGAAAAAUGUUUGGCCGUGACAGAAUAAUAAAUGAGAGACAUUUAUUUCAUGGAACAUCCCAGGAUGUGGUAGAUGGCAUCUGCAAGCACAACUUUGACCCUCGAGUCUGUGGAAAGCAUGCUACAAUGUUUGGACAAGGCAGUUAUUUUGCAAAGAAGGCAAGCUACUCUCAUAACUUUUCUAAGAAGUCCUCCAAAGGAGUCCAUUUCAUGUUUCUGGCUAAAGUGCUAACUGGCAGAUACACGAUGGGCAGUCAUGGCAUGAGAAGGCCCCCUCCCGUCAAUCCCGGCAGUGUCACCAGUGACCUGUAUGACUCUUGUGUGGAUAAUUUCUUUGAGCCUCAGAUUUUUGUCAUUUUUAAUGAUGACCAGAGUUACCCUUAUUUUGUUAUCCAAUAUGAAGAAGUCAGUAACACUGUUUCCAUUUGAAAAACCUUGGUACUGCUAAAUUAUUUGUAUGAACUCAAUCCAGCAUUUGUAGCAGGUUUUGGAUGGGUGGGACAGCGUGGGGGACAGCAUUGGACAUUAUUAGGGCACUUUUAAGACCCAUUUUUUUUAAGUGCUAGAAAGUGAAAAAAAUUUUUUUAAAGAAAAAACACAGGUUUUAAAAUGACCACUUAUUAUUAUUCUUUAAUUAUUUACUAAUUGUUGUUAGUGUACUCAGUGUGGAAAAGACUACAGAUUGCAUACUCUUUUCAUUCACACUUGUACAUAUAGGCAGCAAUGUUAUUAGAAGCAUUUUUUAGAAGAGAAACUGAACAACCUAACUCAUGAAAUGUGACUUAAGCCUGGUAGAAGUUUGGCCAAAUAAAAUGCAGGCUGUGAGCAAAGUGAGGAUUCUAUUUACAAAGAUAAACCUGCCUGGAACUAGUACUACCAUACUUACUCCCCAUCCGAAGCAUCACUGCUGUGGUAUAAAAGUUUCUGAAAUUCUGGUGGGUGGAGAGAAAUUUCUGUUUCUGUCAGUAGGACUGAGCUGUAUCACCCAACCAGAGAGCAUCAGUGACUUUAACUGUUCUGCAGAGUUUGCCUAAGAACUCAGAGUUCUAUUUAGAAGUAUUGAGAAAAAAGGAACCAUUUGAAAACUUUUUGUCACCAGCAAAAGUUUUCAUUAACAAGUUAUAUGAAAUGUGACUCUCAUGCUGUUAAACUUCAGCCUUGGAAAACUAGGUCUCUCAUUAUCAUCUAUCCCAGUUGGAAGGACUUUGGGCACCUCAUUUAGUUCAGGACAGUCUUGAGAAUUAGAAGUAUUACUAUAAUUUAGGGUUCCAGACCUAGGCUCUGACUGAAGGUUUUAGAGAAAAGAAGUGCAUCUGUAACUGAAUUGGUAAACCCCCCAAAAGGUAUUUGUUGCAUGGGAAUAUUGUGAAAGCUGGCGACCCCAUCCCCACCGCCUGCUUUGUCAGAUGCAGCUGGGUUCCCUGGCCAACCCUGUAUCUUACACUACUUCAGAGAAACACAAACUUGGACAUGGUGCCACUGGCCCAGUUAGAGCAGUGUUAGGUGAAGGUGCUGAGGCAGCAGCUCAGAGAGCAGCUAGGUGUGCUUCACCUGGAGCAAAAGCAAACACACCUGGAUUUAUGAAAGUGGAAGUGGUCGUUUACAAAAACAGCUCUCCCAGUAGGUCUGCAGUUGUUUCAUUUACACACAACUCUUCAGGAACCUCUCUGCUGUUUAAAGCAAGAUAUCUCUAGCCUGCUGUCUCAGUGACUCGGCCUGUUAAAGCACUUACCAGGGCUUCCACACAAUUAUUUAUUUUGCCCUAGUUGAUCUUGUUGUUUGCUGCCAUUGGCAUAAAACAGCCAACUGUGGCUGGUCCGGUUGUUCUUUUGUUCAAUUAUAACUUGUAAACCAGUGAUACCCAAUCUUUUUCAAGUUAAGACACCUUACCAUUGCUUAUUUGAUUUUUUUCUUUUUUUCUCCCUAAAGGAAAAAAAAAGCUUUAUGACAUAUUUAUUUUUUUAAUAAAACUAAGCAAAAAUAAAAGUUCUGGUAAUUCUUUAAAA